UAGAGAUGGAUCCCCACGUCAGCUUGUACGUCUAAGGAUCUCUGCUCCAGCAGUCCGCCUCAAAGUGACUGGAGCGCAGCGCGCGGAGGAACUAUGAGCGGAUUUUUAUAGGAACGUUUUUCCAGCAGCAGAAUAUGGAUUUUGAUGAGCGGAUCCCUGCCUCUAAUAUGUAUUUACCCAGUUGCACUUAUUACGUCUCCGGAGCAGACUUCUCGGGUCUGCCUCACUAUUUAACCCAAAGCCAGUCCUCAUGCCCCGUUACAUACUCCUACCAGUCCUCAGCGCUUCCACAGGUCCCGUCCGUGAGAGAUGUUGCGUUCAGGGACUAUGGGAUUGAUGCUUCCAGUAAAUGGCACCACAGCAGGGGGAGCCUCACGCACUGUUACACCGAGGACAUCGCGCACAGGGACGGCUGGACGACCCCGACCUCACGGGGGGGAGAGAUCCUGGUGAAAGGCAGCUCCAGUGCGACCCACUCCAGCGGCGUCACCACGCAGACGCCCGGGGGCUUCUAUGGCAGUGUUGGCAGGAACGGCGUCCUUCCGCAGGCUUUCGACCAGUUCUUUGACACCGCGUAUGGGAGCGCAGAGAACAGCACGACGCCAACAGCACAAUCAGCGGCAGACUCGGACAGACACACAGCCAAAACAAGCCCAGCUCCGGCGCACGCGGGCUCGGACACGGCGGAGAGCUUCAGUCCCAAGUCUACCUCCGGUCACAGCGAGGAGAAGCAGAGCAGGAGCAGCAGUGGCCAGAGGACGCGCAAGAAGAGAUGUCCGUACACCAAGUAUCAGAUCAGGGAGCUGGAGAGGGAGUUCUUUUUCAGCGUUUACAUCAACAAGGAGAAGCGGCUGCAGCUCUCACGGAUGCUCAAUCUGACUGAUCGCCAGGUGAAGAUCUGGUUUCAGAACAGGAGGAUGAAGGAGAAGAAACUGAACAGAGACCGUUUACAGUACUACACAACAACCCCCCUGCUAUAAAGACUAAACAGAGACUCGAGAGCAGCACAAAUCUGCAACACAAAUCUACACCUUACCUGGACAAGAUGUGCCAAACCUCAUCACGAAUUUGACUAUUUAUGCAAUAUUCUGUCAUUAAACACAUUAUUA